CGUAUAGUGCGUUUAGAAAAGAGCCAUCCAACUCCGUGAUUCUGAUUCCGGCUUUCCAAACUUCGGUCAUCAUUUCAGUCCUUAUUUUAUUUUUUCUGGUGAACUCUGAGCGUGUUUUUUUGUACCAAGUGCUUACCGCCGAGAAUGUUGCUUGUGAUCUGCCUGGUGCUGGGCAUUGUAACGGCCACCGUUUCGGGAUUGCCCCACGCCCGGGCCAGUGAUCUCUAUUACACGGACAUCACCCCGGUGACGGAUGAGACGCGCUACACCAGCCUCAAUCCAGAUGUGAAGCUCCAGGAGAUGAACAAGGUGAAGCACUCCAAGGGUAACAUUGUUUUCUCCUCGGGGGAGCGCACUUCGGGCGAUCGACUGAUUGUGAAUCAUUACGAUGACGAGAGCUUUGCCAGCGCCAAUGACAUCGAGGUGAUGAUGAGCUAUCCGGCCGGAGCCAGUACCGGUGUCACGCUCACCUGCAUCGAGGUGUAUGUGGACAUGACUGCAGACGAUGCCGGUGGAUACCUGACCAAGGGUGGGAUUGGUCAAACCAAUGCCGAGAUUCUGCUUACCUCCAAUCUGACGCGUAGCUUCGUCUACGAGACGUUCAUCUAUGGAUACUAGCCACAAAUUCCCAGCUCUCUGAUCUUUGAUCUUCUCCUAGAACUCUUUCAGCAACAAUAAAAUUUCGCUUGGAACCCAA